AUGAUCGCAUAUUUGAAGGCGAUUCGUUUGUGCCUUCUGAUAAGCUUGGCUGUUCCAGGAAAUGUUGCAAAGGGUCGGAUUGCACGAGAUCUUGAUGAUAUUAAGCCAAACGAGGUUGUUGAAGAGUUUAGCAAACACAUGAAACAUCUUGCAAAUGACGCGAACGACUAUCAUGCACUUACGGUUAGUGGGGUUAAGAUCUACUUAUUUUAUAACUAAAAAAAACAAAAAAACAGAAAUGUGAGAAAAUUGAGAUUGUAGUGUUACAGAAGAACACGGUUUGCAUGAAAUUUGGCGAAAAACAAACAAACAAACAAGCGGGCUGGCGGAAUUUCUUUAGAUCGAUUUACAAGGCGUCGAUCACACUUAAAGAAAUCCAGCCAAUGACAGUUCUUGAAAAUCACAGUUGCACAAUUGAAAACUGAUAGCAAGCUGCCGGUAUUCUGCAAAAAAAAAAAAAGACACUAUGGGAAGCGUUCUGCGCAUGUGUAGGUCCUAAACCUCUAAACAAGGACUCGGAUUUUUCCAUAUACCGCUUAGUGACAAGUGUUUUAAGGUAAUAAGUAAAUGAAUAGAUGCUUACCUACCAAAUAUUAUUCGUAAUGUAUGAUGUUUCCUCAUUUCCAUUUACAGGAAGAUGUUCAGAGCUGGAUUCAGGAAGCAGAAGACUUGAAGAGUCUCAAUCUUGUGACAGGUCUUGCUGCGAAAUUACGGAAACGUCUACUAACGAAAAUUAAAGCUGUUGAGGGCAUCGCUGAGGCAGUUGCGAGAGCUCUUGAGGAAAACAGGCAACCCAGACAACGUAAGGGAUUAAGGGAGAUUACUCUUAUCUGUUAAAAGGCCAGAUCCAAAGCCACGCCCUAGAUGCCAUUCCUUGGACCGUUUACCUUUUUUCACUGUCAUUCAUUUACUUUUUAUCUAAAUUUUUCAUCUAAGUUCCUUGAUUUUUGUUAGCAUACCACCGAUGCUGUGAUUUGCCCGAAGAAUUGAAGUUAAAGUAUGAUCCGCGGUACAAGGAGAGUGUUACAGAUGCUGUAAUGUGUAAAAUGCAGGCCCCACAUCAUUUACCGGAAAAAGAAGUUGACUUCUCGUCUGCGAAAACCGCGUUUGACACGAACAAAUUACAAGUAAGUGUAAAUAAGAACAAAACCUGAAAAGAAGAAAAGGAAAGGUACUUUGCAAGGGGCGUCGGCACGUUUUGAAACGUGAUGGGGCGGGGGAAAGGGGAGGUUAUCGUAAACCAAGGCACACCUAUACUCUAAAAAAAAUUUCCAAAAUUUUCUUUCGUAAUUCAUUGCUAAGGAAGAAAACUCUCUUAAGUCUCAAAAGAGUCCAGUAAAUCGAAAUCGAGUAUGGAUAAUGUAAAAUUAGGCAACUGUUUCCAAUAAUAUUUUACAACAUAUUUUUUCCGUCAUGCGCAAUCCUGAUUGAACGACUUAUAAAAAGAUUACGAGGCUGAAUAUUUCACCAAUCUGGCAUGGUCUGAUUACGAUAGCUACCGCAUCGAAACGAGGGGGCAUGGGGCUCUACCCCCUUCAAAUUUUAGUUAAGCGGAGCAACAGCCCUCCUUUUCCCCAGGAGGAAAAUUAGGAAUUGGCUGUGACAAACUUGAUAAGUCCAUGCUUUAUUUGUCAAACACAAACCGUAACGUAAUCUUCUUCAUACCCGUUUUUUGCAGUGUCACGCAAUACUCACUAUCCAGAAGCUUUUUUUGUGGAGAUUGCUGCGUGACAUUCCGAAAAACGGCUGCGAAGUAGACUACUCGUGACUCAGCUCCAUAAAAUGUCUGGCGAUAUGCGAUGCAAACCACUACGGUCUCCGAACAAUAAUGAACUUGGGGAGAAGCAUUAACUACGAAUCAACUCUUAAAACAGCAGAUAUGAACACACUGGAACAUAGACGCAUAGAACAGUCGCUAAUAAUAUUUUAUAAAUGCUACAAAGAGAACGGCCCAAGCUACCUAGGCGACCUCUUCGAACCCCGAAUUACUCCCUACAACCUAAGAAAUACUGGCCUCAACGUAACUCAAAAUUCCUACAACAGCAAAUUCCGUCACAAUUCGUACUCAUUUGUCAUCUCUCGCAUCUGGAACAAACUACCACCUUCUGUUAAAAUCGCCCCUAACUUAUCGUCUUUUAGAAGAAAACUCAAAACUCUAUUUUUACCGGCUGCCAAUGCAAAAGCUGUCUAUAAUCUUUUGACACUCCUGCAUAUACGUAGCUUCUGUUUAAAUAUACAUUUGUAAAUAGUUUAACGUGAUAACUAAUAAUUUAGAUUUAAGAAUUUCAGACUUUGUAAAUGUAUUUUAUAGUCAGUCACUUUUAUCAUGAGCCUCCGGCUCGGGAGAUUGGGCAACCACUCCCCGAGUACCUGACGGUAAAUAAAUUAUACUUAUACUUAUAUGUUUGUUGCAACUCUUCCACCCUCAAUCGUUUACAAGUAAUUAAUAAAGAUGCCAACUUCUUUUUGCCUCCUUUAAAUGGAACCUGUAUUUUCUGCUUUCCUUCCAUAGAGUAAAUGGCAAUAUUUUGGCUCUAAAGAAGGAGCAAUGUAUAAUUUUCCUACGGGCAGUGUUCCGAAGUGUGGCACUUUUGACCACAGGAUAAGACCCUGGUACGUGACCACUGCCACGCCGUCCCCUAAAAACAUUGUUAUUAUGGUGGAUUCCAGCACAUCAAUUGGUUAUAACAAGACACUGGAUGACGCAAUGAAAACAGCUAAACUGGUGGUUAGCACACUCAAUCCUCAAGACAAGGUUUGUGAACUGUACUUUUCUGAUACAAACGUCAAUUCAAGUUAGUUACAGGUCUUCAGGCAUAUCUAUUCCCAUGGCAAAGUUCUAAUAGGUUACAUAGUUAGUCCGCUCGUGCGCGAGUGAGUCCAUCAGUCAGCUCUUCUGCCUGUCAGAAGGUCACUCAUUUAGUUGGUCAAGCAGUCAGUCAGUCAGAGCGGGUAGAUCAGCAAGCAAUACGCCAGUCUGUCGAUCAGUCAGUCACUAGGUCGGCAAUUGGUGAGCGAGUGAUUUUCUAUCCUGUUUAGUCAAGUAACCAUCCAUUCAAUAACUUAUAUUAAACAAUGGGCCGCUCGUUCGUGCAGUCUAUUAGUAAGCUGGUUUAUCACCACUCAUGCCUAUGGUCAUAGAUUUACUGCUCGAGCAGGUGAUAGAAAAACCGACAAAUCAAUCAACAGUCAACUUACAAAGACUCUACUGUUACUUCUUUUCCCACUUUUUCCGCAGGUAUCGUUGAUCCUCUUUAACUCAACAACCUUUUUGCCAGCUGACGAAGACGUUGACGAAUGUUACAACACUACCAUGGCAUUUGCCAGCACAUUUACCAUCAACUACUUGAAAUCUUUCAUUAACAGAGCGCAACCGAGAGGUAGGAAAGCUACAGCUAUGCCGUAAACUCGUAUUUUUUGAAGUAUUUACCGGUGCCUACCUUAGAGCUGGCCCGAGCCGGAAAGGAAUGGCAAACAUAUUGCUGAGAUCAUCGCACAGUCAGUCCAUUUUGAGUUUAAGCGACAUUUGGUAGCGUCAAAAUUAGCAAAAAUUAUGUCGUAAGGAAAUGGGAAAUUUCGUAGUCAACCAAGACUUCCUCUGAAUUCUUAUAUCUGUUGGGUUCUUCAAACCAAAUGAGAAUGAAGUUCCCUGAAAACCACAGAAAAUAUAGGAAACUGCAACGCACAUCUACUUUGACUUGUUUUGGAGUUUUUGGAAGUGUGACCACCAUUCCUGUACUGGCAUACUGGUCUAAAUUAAAUCUAUGAUAAAAAAAUAGAAAAGAAAAGAAACAUAUUUUUGCUGUUAUCAUCAUUAUCAUUAUAACUAUCGUUACUAUAAUCGUUAUCAUUGCUGUUACCGUUUUCGUUAAUGUAAUCGUUAUUGUCGACGUUACCAUUACCGUUAUCGUUGUCGUUACCGUUAUCGUUACGAUAAUCGUUAUCGUUACCAUAAUCGUCAUCGUUAUCGAUGUCGUUAUCGUUAUCAUUACUGUAAUCGUUAUCGUUGCUGUUAUCGUUGUCAUUAUCGUUAUCGCUACCGUUAUCGUUGCUGUUAACGUUGUCGUGAUCAUUUUUUGAAUUCAUGAAUUUCUGAUGAGUUUGCUCUGUGUUGAACCAGGUGGUACACGAUUUGUCAGAGCCUUCGCGAAAGCAUUUCAGAUCUUGAAAAACACAAUAAAAUCUUCUUCCGAGGCAAUUAAAAAAAGACCCUCCGUGUUUCUCCUAAUCACCGACGGGGUAACCAGAAGUAAGAGCAUCGAAAAGAAUAGCUUGAAAGCGAUCAAGAAAGAAUACAAAGAUUUUAAACAGGAAGUACAACUCAUUACUUCGUUCAAGGUGCUAACAUUACUGCUUGGAGGUAAAGUCCAGGAAGAGGGAUCGUUCUUGAAAGUUCUGAUGAAUGAAAUGGUAAGAGCGCAAAAAUACCACAAGAAAAAAAAUAAAACAAGAAUUUAAUUUGUUAGUGAAUUACGAUGAAAUUCUUGCCCCAACCUCCCACUUUGACUCUUUUAACUCCCAGGAAUGACAAAAAAAUAAUUUUUCCAAUACAUUUUCGAGCAGAAGGGUAUCGAGAAGAAAGAAACAAUUCAAUAGUCAGACAUUUUCUUAUUCAACUCUAGGACUAAGAAAAUGUAGAGAAUUGAAAUUCAGAUCUGGGGGUGAGAGGGUCACCUUGAAAAACAGCAGCAACAACAAUAGCAACAACCUCAAAACAUUGUUAUCAUUACACAGGGCGGCGAACUAAUGACUACAGAUGGUACGAAAGACUCCUUUUCCAAACUCAAGGGUUACUUUGACUAUCUGAUGGAAGUUACACCGGCUCGACAAAGUCUGGCAGUCCUCUCUCCACCCUAUUUGGAUGCGUGGGGAUUGGGUAAGAAAUUAUGUCGAAGAGACUUGUAGGAAAGCUUCGUCAGAAUCGUCCACUAGCCUUGAUGGAAGAAUUGGCUGAUAACAGUGACUGUCAGAUUAUUAGUUUGGGUGUCCGUUUGGUCUCAUCGAGAUAUAAUAGGGUUGACUAGGGGAAUACUCACUACUUAUUGCCUGGGGUGGGAGGUGGAAGAUUUUUUUCGGUGGGAAGGGAUCAUAUGGUUUUUAGGGAGAACUGAAAGGAGAUCAGUUGUCGCCAACAGAAAUUUAAAGCCAAUUUACUGCCAAUAACAGGGAAAUUAUAAGAAUACUACAGAGCCUUACGGGAGAUCAGAUAAAUUUCAUCUUGACACAACAAAAAUCCCCCAGCCCUCCAGUUGAUAAAUAAUGACCAUUCCUAAUCAGAAUACGAAACAUGAUAAGAUUUGAGCUCUAAGAUGACGUAAAGAAUUUUUUUUCGUAUUGUCACGAGCGUGAGACAAAAAAGAAAUUCUGAUUCUUGGAGAAAUCGCACCUCAACCUCGUACUUUCGGAUUCCAUGGUCCGAUGUUUAACCACUGAGCCACAGAGAAAAAAUGGUCGAGGUUCAUAUGUGACGCUUAUUCCAUACUGCUAGGAUCAGCCAUUUCAAAAGCGUCAUAGCAUGUGAGUGAACAAAAUAAAAUAGCAAAGAUAGUUGAGUGUUCAAUGUUGAUUCAACUUUUGUCUCCAGGCUAUAUGGUAACAGCAGCAAGUGCCUACUUCUAUGACAAUGCACUGGCAGGUGUAGCUGGUGUAGAUAUCCCCAUGACCGAUUUGUUGGCUGAUGUUCAGUAUUACAACCAGGCUGGUCCCAAUACUUAUGCAUUCCUCGUUGCUAUCAAGUCUGGUCAUGUGAUGAGUCAUCCCAAACUUCCGAAACCAGAGUCAAUAUCUGAGGAUCCGAAUUCAGUGAACAUUUUUGAACUUGAACCGGGAAAAGAAUUUAGGCGUUUAUUUGACGAAGUGAAGGAGACCGGCGAACCACGGUGAGUCGCAAAUUAUUCACAGUUUGACGACUUCCACCCGUUGCCCGUGAAUCAAUAAUUGGAUCUUGUGCACUUUUGAAAGCCUUGGUUGACAUAUUGGAGCCCUUUUCGACUGUGUGUCGUAAAAUCAAAAUCGAUGUAAUCACCACGGCCAAUCAGAAGACAAGCUAAUACCUUGAAGAGCCAAUACGAACUCCAAAACCAAAGAACAAAGUGCUGUGGCCUCAAUGUUGCAUCUGAUUGGUUGAGAGAGUGGCGAAAGUUUUCUGAACCAAUCACAGAGCGAACAAAAGCAAAAACAAAGAAAACAGAGAAAUACCGGAUUAUUCUCGAACUCAAUAAUCCCUAGUCCAUCAACUUGUCGGCUGAUAGUCGAUGCACAUUUCAGUCGAUAAUCGGAUGAUCGCUGGCCGAUAAUUUACCAACAAUCAAUCGAUAGCUGGCCGAUGUUGCGAUGCACGUGCUUAUUUUCGCUAUGUAUGAGUCGUCAAAAAAGUAUUAUUUUUCGAUGGUCGAGUGCGACAACGUCAAUCUGAGACGGUAACCCGAAAACCACAACCAUUAAGGCCUUGUCGAUGCAUACUUGUAAGAAGAUGCAUUUGUGCGCUAAAACUAGAAUGGAUAAAGAAGUCUGAUUUUGAAACUUCCUUGACAUGUUUUCCUCACUGUUUUUUUUUUUUUUCAUUGUUGUGUUUUUCAAAUUUUAUUUUAGAGAGAAAGAAUUCCCGCGAAGGCUUUCUACUUCCAGGGGAGGAGUGUUGGGAGACGGAGUUCAAACAGAAUUAAUAAGUUAUUCGUAUGCCUGUGCGCCUGUUGAACUUGGAACCGACAGAGGAAAAGAUUACAUGGUUUGUGUUGCUCUCGCAAAAGGAGACACUGGAGAAAAGUACGCGAGCAGGCUCAUCAGUGAGUAAUUUCUUGAUUCCCUACUGUUUCGAACUCAUAUUUAUGUAUUUUUCAUGGCAUAGAAUCGGGGAGUAGGUUUCCAUGAAAUUUGAAAAUGAUAAUUCAUUCGAGGUAUAUCAGGCGUUCUUGUUCUCUGAUGAUAACUCUUAAAGAGAAGUUGUUUUGACGUCUCGCUUAAAUUCGGAGAUUGGUUAACUCCACAACUUUCUAAAUGUUCCGUGUCGGGCACGCAUUCUGUAGAGAGGGGUUGAGAUGAGAAAAGCUUCCCCCUCAAAUUUAGAAAUUCUAUUGUGAAAAAAACCUCAAUAUAAUUUUUUUUCUCUGCAAAAUGUUCUAUUACAUCUGACCAAGCAAUGACUAUUUCACUUAGCAAACUCAAUGUCAGCAAAUCCUAUUGCCUAUCACCGUAUGGAUGUUCGCGCGGAGACUACGACUUGUUAUCAUACGGACAGUCUCUCUUAUCCAGGUAAGAUCGGGCAGUUUCUCUGUGUAUAGGGGUGGGGCGGGAGGGGAUGGGGGCUGGAAGGAGGAAGGAAGAAGGAAGUAAGAGAAGUCAGAACUUUGCCAUCAGAGUAGAGAUGCGAGAGCUUGAACGGUUAACGGUUGAAGCUUAAAAGACGUUAGCAGUCUUAAUAUCACAACUAGAUUGAACGCGAUAGAUUUGAACGACGACGUGUUUAGCCAAUCAAUGGCUUGAUGUUGAGUUCACUUGUACACUAUAACAAUCCUUUUAGUACUCUAGGUUCUGUAACAGGUUGUGUCGCCUAAAAUAUUAGGUCGGUAUGAGGAUAGCUUAGGGUGCCGAUCGGCACAGAUUGCAAAUCAAGAAAUUUUAAAAAAGCUUCAAGCUAGAUUUUCAUCGAAGACAAGCUCUCGCUUAGCGCUUUUCAAAGAGGUUUUAGAAGACGGUUUACAGAGAAAAAUCGACAACCCGAAUAAAAGUGAACACCAUAAAUGCCAUGACCCUUGUGAAUACAGAAUACCAAAUAUCCAGUUUACGCAUAGAGGGAAGUGAAAUAGAGGGGACAGAGAGAAGUGAAAUAUGCCUUCGCUUAGAUCAACAUUAGUAUUUCUUUUCCUCAGAUCGCUCCGUAGUUAAAUUCAGCGCAAAGGCUUUCAUUGAUCCUGCAAAUUAUCUAGAGGUAGCAGAAAACGCCACAGCUGUCCGAGAGUAUGUUCGGGAGCUACGCUCAUUCCUCUAUUUACACAAGGCUGGUGAUAAAUUUGAUGUCAAUCAGAUCAUGACAGCCGUAUUGACCUCACGAGCGGAUGGAGCUUGGUUAUCUCGAGAAAAUCAGGAUAUGUAUUUGAGGAAAUUUGUGCGUCGUUACAUUGGGACCUACAAUGGUGUCUUAAGGCUGUUUCCCGGAGCACCUCUGCCUCCUAAUUUUGAUCAUACCACUCGCUCAUGGUAAGCUGGGGUGUGUUUGGGGUAUAAGGUGGUUAAAUUUGAACUACCGAUUGCUCCCCUCCCCGCGGGCUCUAAAGUAUACUAAUAAUCUCUACGCAUCAGCAAUCACUCUUUAUACCUUCCCCACCCCCCAUUAUAAUAUCUGAUAGCAACCACUGAUUCCUUUUCCAUUCCCUCUCUAAACCAUGUGAUCCCAAAACCACAUUCUGGACCGUAAUCGGGCAUUGGUGUCUAAAAUCAGGCAUUAGUGUUCAAAUCGGAAGAUAUUGUAAAAAGUCAGAUACUAGUCUCCAAAAUUGGACACUAGUAUCUAAAAUCGGAACAUAGAGUCUAAAAUGAGACACUAGUGUCUAAACUCGGACCUAAGUGUCUAAACUCGGACACCAGUACCUAAAAUCGGACACUACUGUCCAUAAUCGGACCCUAGUGUCCAAAAUCGGAUAACAGUUUCAAAAUUCGGACAUUAUUUCCAAAUUCGGAAAUUCAAGUCUCACAUCGGAUACCUGAGUCCCAAAUCAGACACGAGUGUCAAAAUCGGUUGUUAACGUCGUCCUUGCCUGCCUCCUCAGGGCGUGAAAUUAACUUUUUUUAUCUACGUUUUAUAUAAAUUGUUUGUUUCUUUUAGGUACCUUCGUGCUGUUGCAAAUCGCCCAGACUUCAUAUCUUUUGCAGCCCCAUAUCUAGAUCCUCUAGGUGCUGGUUUCAUUGUUUCAAUCAGUCAGUCUAUCAGAACUUCAUAUGGUAGAAAAAACUUGUUUGGUGUCGUGGGAGGUGAUCUUACUGUCUCAAACUUUGGCGCACACUUCAAAAAAAAAGUUGGAAAAAAGUGCUUAGAUUCCAAAGGGUACCUGCGUUGCUUUCUCCUGGACUCAAGCGGUUAUGUGGUUUAUCAUCCAACCUUUGAAGAUGUUGGUGACAAUCCGAAUAAGGUUCUCAAUAGACACAUCACGAUUAUGCACGCCGGUAUCGCAAAGAAUUUGAUCAAGAACGGUAAAAUGGUCAAGAAGGAAUGCCAGAACUUUAUCCUCUUAAAGCUGCAACGAUUCUAUGAGGUACACAGUAAUUUAAGGUGCAGCAGUGCUAAACCUAUAAAUUAGUUAAGUUUCUAACGAAACUGUUGUGCUGCGCUGGUGGGUAGGGGGAAGAUGGAGGGGGUAAGGGGUAUGUGUAGGGGGUAGGGGUAGGGGAAGGGGUAGGGGGUAGGGGGGUAGGGGUAGGGGGUAGGGGGUAUGUGUAGGGGGUAGGGGGUAGGGGGUGAAAAGUUUAUAAAGCAGAUGUUUCGAGCAUUAGCCUUACAGUCAGUGAAUUUAGCUUUUGAGAAAUAUUGGAGGUCUACUUUGAGAAAACCUUUAACCUUUUCACCCCUAGGAGUGAUUAAGAUUUAAUUUCUCCUUAUAUUGCCAACCUUAAAUCAAGUAGCAAGGUCACGAGAAUAAAGGAAUGAUCACCAACUAAAGAAGCUAUUGAUUGUUUUAAAAAAAAAGUCUCCUUGUCAGCACCUUAGAAGGUGUAUAGAGAACAGUAUGGAGAAUAUGCAUACUGAUAUGAGGGUAUAAAGCUUUAAACUCUUGAAAAUGUUCAUGCUCUCGAGAAUACUUUGUUAAAUUUUAUUCUCAAGCAGUAGCAUCAUUUAAGUAUGAUAACUGUGCCUGGUUGACUCACAUUGUGGAGCACCGGACUGCCGCACGGUAGGUUGACGGUUUAAGCACUAGACUGGACCAACAUUCAGGGUCUUAAAAUAACUGAGGGUAAUGUGCUGCCUUUGGACAUCGGUAAAUGGUUAGACAUUCUAGUCUCCUCGGAUAAGGACAAUAAGCCAUAGGCCACGUCUCCUGCCUUUCCUCCGUACUGGCUAGCAGGGGACGUUAAAGAAAUUGCACACUUCUCGCACAGAGUAGGAACGUAGCUCCCGAUGUUGUGGUCUGGCCUUGUCAUUGUUUAUACAGAUCCACAUUUAAACCAGCAUUAAGCUAAACUGGGCCAGCGUGUCUAAAUGUCGCAAAUACAUACAUAUAUACAUGCAUACAUACAUGUUUGCCCAUCUUAGACUCGGCAGCAAAAACUUUCAAUAGAACAAAACCUCGAGUAUGUUUGGUGUGAAAAAUAAUUGAAACUUUCGUAUCUCUUAUAAUCUGUUUCAGAUCAAGAUAGAAAACGGCCUAUAUAUAGGUACACUUGGAAAAAAGAGUCAUUGUCGUUCAUACGCAAUCAUUGAAGUUCCCGAAACAAACGUAUUUGUGAUUGUUACCAAAAGUUCUACGUGCCUCAUAAACCGUGAUGCGUGCACCUGCGGAUACAUGUGCAGGCAUCACGAGAGCACGGCUUGUGAGUGUCCGUGUAAAGCUCGCUUGACAUACAACAUCUGUAACGCAAGCCUCACUAACGAGAGGUAAGUGAUUUGGAAACAACUUUCACGACCGACAAUCAGGGUUUAAAAAUAACUGAAGAGAACUUCCUGCGUUACCUACGACAUUUGCAAUUGGUUAGACAUUCGGACAAGGACGGUAAACCGUAGGCCCCGUCUUCUGUAUCUUCUCUGUACCGAUUAGCAAGGAACGUUAAAGCAAUCUGGCCAAAGUUCCCCGUAAAGUGUCGUAAUUCAACCCAGAAAACCUUCAUAGGAGGAAAUUUAAUAAAACUAAUGCACUGUACCUUACUGCUUUUCUUUAUGGAACACAAAUGAGUUUUGUGGAAAGUAAUUCAGCAAACACUGGGUGAAUCAGGAUGAUGUCCUUUUGAACACGUGGCUUUGCAUCAUAAGUCAAAGCUUUUCUAAAACUUUGUAGAAAGAUGAAUCGCGAGUUUAAACUUGAGGGUCUGUCAAUUCGCUUUUGAGUUGAGGGCACGUGGAGCUAAGGAGUUUUUCUGUGUUGUGCUGUGGUGACCCUAUGAGUCAGAUUUAUGGUCAAAAUAGGUUAUGAAACAAAUGGGAAUUUUUCCCAGUACAUUUUUCAAAGGAUCAAUGUCAGUGUCUCAACAAUUGCGCACCUACCCCUCCCCUAACCUAACAUGAACACUAACUUGUGAUCAGUUUACCUUUGUUGAUUUAGGGGAGGGGUAGGUGCGCAGUUGUUCAGAUAGCUACCUUUAAACACAGUUUUAGAGCGCCUUGGUUUGAUUCUUUAAUAUUUAAUUGUUGUUCUACAUAUAAUAUCUCAAAUAUUACGUGUUGAUCUUAUAAAUAAAUUAUAAGUAACCGUAUUAUGUUCUAUUGUUUAGCAACAUCCCGCUGUGCACCCAGCCUUCGCCUUCAGUACCAAAGCGUGGGCCUCUAAAGGUGAAUUCCGCUGACCUUGGAAGAUGCAUCAGCGUGCACUGCGAGCAGUACGAUGAAAAAGAGUGCAAUGAGAUAUUCGGGUGUUUCUGGUGUAACAGGGAAGCUGAGGGCUCGCUUCUCAAGGAACCCAAAUGUAUGAGUGACCUACAGUGUUAUGAUGGAGUGAUGGGUCAAGAGAACCCCUUUUUGUUACCAGAGGUUCCGAGAAGACAGAUCCAAGGGGAUCGAAAACUGAACAAGAUGUUACUUAUCAUAAUAGGAUCAAGCGCCGGAGGACUUCUUAUUAUCAUUUUGAUCGUUGUUGUAUGCUGCCUGCACAGGAAGAAAUUCCAAUAUGAACAAGAGCAAAUGGAAUUUCAAGCCAUGGAUAUGUUGAUAGACCCUACGACUGUGAUAGACCCUACGACUGUGAUAGAUGCGAACGAAGGAUUCAACCAAAUGUCGUUGAACUAUCCCGGCCAAAGUAAAGCUAUGCAAUCAACGAUGGCGUUGAAUUAUCCUGGCAAAAGUACCGUCAGGCAGUCAAAAAUGACGUUAAAUUACCCCGGCCAAAGUACCGUCAGGCAGUCAAAAAUGACGUUAAAUUACCCCGGCAAAGGAGCAGGCAGGCAGUCAAAAAUGACGUUAAAUUACCCCGGCCAAAGCACUGUUCAGGCCCCGAUGCAGUUGAACUACCCCGGUCAAAGCACCGUACAGGCCCCGAUGCAGCUGAACUACCCCGGUCAAAGCACCGUACAGGCCCCGAUGCAGUUGAACUACCCCGGUCAAAGCACCGUACAGGCCCCAAUGCAGCUGAACUACCCUGGUCAAAGCACCGUACAGGCCCCAAUGCAGCUGAACUACCCUGGUCAAAGCACCGCACAGGCCCCCAUGCAGUUGAACUACCCCGGCCAAAGUACAGUUAUACCGUCCAACGUGCAGAUGAGGCUGGGCGGUCAGGAUAUGGGUUACUCAACACAAGCUAUGUCUGGGAUGUGGCCGACAAGGUAUGGUCAAUCACAGAUCAUGUCCCUUGACCCACAGCUGAGCGCCAUGCAGACACCGCAGGCUCCUGGUGGUCAACGUGGAAGGCCUACUGCCGGAAGGCGCAGACCCGGACCAAACCGACAUGUUUCAUUCACUGACGACGUUCAACACCAAGAAAUACAAAAGCCCGCGCCCAUUUCCGGAGAUGAACCGAUAGUUACCGACGAAAAUGGUGACUCAGAAGACUGA